UAUCGCCUAUCUGGCAACGUCACCUUGCUGAUGUGUCUACAAAUGUCAAAAGUUGCAUGUUAACCAAUAAGCGAAAGUUUAAGUCUGCAAAUUAAAUAUAUUUUACCAUCAUCUAGUCAGCUGAGUUACUAGGAUGUCAAAAGACGCCAAUCCCAGAGAGGCGCUGAUCAAGGCGGCCUACGCAGAUGUGCACAAGUUCGGCAAUAAUCGCGAGUUCGACAAGGCCGUGAAGGCAGUGAAUCGAAUCCUGGGCGUGGCUCCCGACGAUCCCACCGCCCUGCACUGUAAGGUGGUGUGUUUGGUGCAACUGUCCAAGUUCGAGGAGGCCUACAAGUUCAUUGAAAAGAAUCGCCUUUCCUCGCUCUCAUUCGAGAAGGCCUACUGCGAGUACCGUCUGAAUAAACAGCAACAGGCGUUAAAAACCAUCGAUGAUACGGGCUUGCAGCCUCUACCGCCUAACCUUAAAGAACUGCGAACCCAAGUUCUGUACCGCUUGGAGCGCUACGAUGAGUGCCUGGACGCCUACCGCGACAUUAUCAAGAACACCAGCGAUGAGUACGAAGACGAGCGGAGAACCAAUCUCAGCGCUGUGGCUGCCAAUCUGGCCGUGGACCAGACAAAGGAUGUGCCCGAGGUUCCGGAAGAUACCUAUGAGCAGUACUUUAAUAGUGCCUGUAUCCAGGCCAAUCGGCAGAAGUAUGUGGAGGCCGAGCGCAAGUUGCGCACCAGCGAAAAACUGUGCCGCGAGUUCCUUGAGGACGAGGGCGCCACCGAGGAGGAGAUUCUUGAAGAGGUAGACGUCAUCCGUGUGCAGUUAGCCUACGUACUGCAGCUGCAGGGAAAAAUAAAGGAGGCGGGUACCAUCUAUGCGGACUGUCUGCGCCACAAGCCCAAGGACGCGGCCCUGGUGGCCGUCGCCAGCAACAACUCGGUGGUGAUCAACAAAGACCAGAACGUCUUUGACUCCAAGAAGAAGAUUCGUGCCGCCCUGGCCGACGCCUGUGAGUCCAAGCUAACCUCACGCCAAAAGCAGGUCAUCGCUCUCAACAACUGUCUUUUGGCCCUUUACACCAACGCUGGGGAUCAGGUGCAACAGCUCAGUCAGAAGUUGGCCCAGAGCUAUCCGCAGGUGGAAUUUGAGGCGCUACUCAUUCGCUGUAGCCAACUGGCCAAGGAUCGCAAGCACAAGGAGGCCAUAGACCAGCUCCAGAAGUUCGCUGCAGCCCACAAGUCGCAUGAAUUUGUCAGUAAGUUUGCUGUUAUUCAACUACAACUUCUGCAGGGUAGUCGCAAGGAUGCCAUUGAGACACUUCUGUCACUGGGCGAGGCCAAGUACAAGCCUGGCGUUGUGUCUGCUCUUGUAUCUCUUUACUUGGGCACGGAUAACAAGUCGUCGGCAUCGGCGCUGCUCAAGUCUGCCGUGGACUGGUACAAGAAGAAUAACGUGAGCAGUGGCGAUCUGUCGGACAUGUGGCGCCAAGCAGCUGAGUUCCAUCUGCGCGGUGGAGCAUCCGAAACCGCCGCAAGUUCUCUGGAGGAGCUACUCAAGCUGAACCCUAACGACACCAAGGUUUUGGCUCAGCUAGUCAUAGCCUACGCCCAAUUCCAGCCUAAGCGUGCGCUUGAGCUCAGCAGGAAACUUCCCAGACUAGAGACGCUAACUACAGCUUCCGAAAUCGAUGCCCUGGAGGCUGCCAACUGGGUGAUGUCCGCCAAAGGCGGCCAAGAAGUCUGCCAACCAAAGAUCGAACCCUCACCGAGCACUCCUGUCGAGAAGAGAAAGAAUCAUAACAGGAAGCGAAAGGGCAAGCUGCCUAAGAACUACAACGCCGAAGUGGCUCCCGAUCCUGAACGUUGGUUACCGAAGUACGAACGCACUGGCUUCCGGAAGAAGCGAGGCGGAGCGCGAGGCAAGGAUGUCAUUAAGGGAUCCCAGGGCAUGUCCUCGGGAGCAGCCGAUCAAUAUGACAUGUCCAACCGUGUCAAUCUGACCAAGAACUCACCCGCCACUCCCGUUUUCCAAGAGACGACCCCCGGACCUAGGCAACAGCACCGCAAGGGCGGCCACAAAAAGAAGAAGGGCGGCCGAUUCUAGGCUAGCGCAAACCUUAAAAAAUGCCUUUUUACUAUCAAACUCUAAUUAUACGACCAGUUUUGCAUGUUAA